UUGACUCUGAAAUGCUACUGUGGCUUUAACGGCAUAUGCAAAGGACACCAUCUAAAGCUGUAAAAUUAUUUUUCCACUUCCUCAUACGAGGGCUUAUUUGUUAUGUUCUUAGAUAAACACACUAACAACAGAGACUUCAGUAAUUUUAUUUUGCAGUUUACAGUGAGUUGAAUUCAUUUUUUGAACCGGGGAUGAACUCAGAGACAAGGCCCUGCAGUGAGAGGAGUGGAGACUGAAAACAUCUGCUUCAUCAGGAUGGGCUGCACUUGGAGUGACCAGACACGAGUCAACGAAGGUGACUUCUACAAAGGAAAGCACAGAUCUCAGGCCCCCCACUUGCUGGGUGACAUUGCAAGAAGUCGAAAUAGCUAUUUGCUGAAUGAUGACAUUGUGUUUGUGGCACAACACGACUUCAAAGCCAAGAGCAAAAACGACCUGCCUUUCAAGAAGGGAGACAAACUUAAGGUUUUGCAAGAAAAUGGAGAAUGGUGGCGGGCGAGAUUGUUGGCGACAGGACAGGAAGGCUUCAUACCGAGUAAUUAUGUUGCCAGAGCAGAUACGAUGGAGGUGGAAAAAUGGUAUUUCAAGGACUUGAGUCGCAGAGAGACUGAACGACUGCUUUUGGCGCCUGGCAAUAAACCAGGUGCUUUUCUAGUUCGAGAGAGCGAGACCGCUAAAGGGUCCUUCUCACUGUCAAUCAGAGAUUAUGGACCAGAAGGAGAUGAUGUAAAACACUACAAGAUCCGCACUCUGGAUAAAGGUGGCUUCUACAUCUCUCCUUCCUGCUCGUUCCCAUCCCUGCAGGAGCUGGUUACAUACUACACCCGUAUGUCUGAUGGUCUGUGUCAGAGACUGUAUGCCCCCUGUAUACCUAAAGAACCCCAGCUGACAUGGGCACAAGACGAAUGGGAGAUUCCCAGAGAGACGUUGAAAAUGGUGAAGAAACUGGGAGCUGGGCAGUUCGGAGAAGUGUGGAUGGGUUUCUACAAGAACACCCAAAAGGUGGCCAUUAAGACGUUAAAAGAGGGAACAAUGGCGCCUGAGGCCUUCCUCCAGGAGGCCAACCUCAUGAAGCAGCUGCAGCAUGAACGACUGGUGCGUCUCUACGCUGUGGUCACGAAAGAGCCCAUUCUCAUCGUCACUGAGUUCAUGAUCAAUGGAUGUCUUCUGGACUUUCUGAAAACAGAAGACGGAAACAAACAAAAGCUCAAAAAGCUGAUAGACAUGUCAGCGCAGGUUAAAAAUAAAUUCAUUAAAAUCUUACAGUUUUGA